GUCACACAGCCCCACAGAAUGAGUUUCACCGCUAUCAUUCUUUGGUUCCUCUUGCUGUGUCUGUCCUAUGCAUAUGGAAACCAGACCUCCUGCUAUAAGGUUACAAAUUAUGAAAUAUCUUGUUGCCAUCUCAACCUUUCAUUUAUUCCUGAACAACUGGGACAUGAACUUAAAAAAUUAGACUUGUCACAUAACCACAUACGGAACCUCAACAGCAAGACUGCCAUAUAUCUAAAAUCCUUGCAGGAACUCAAUCUUGCAUGGAAUUAUCUUGGUGAAAGUGACACAAAUGGACAACUCUUCUUACAGCCACUGACACAGCUGAGACUGCUUGACAUGUCAUUUAAUGAUCUGAAUUUGGAUGUGGCAACUGAGUUUCUGCAGAACCUGAGCUCACUGCAGUUCCUGUACCUCAAAGGAAACAAGAUAGUCAAACUUUCUUCCCACUUGUUCCAAGGAAUGCCCAACCUAUGCCAUAUCAACCUAGAGCAAAAUCUUAUCUUGGAAAUUGAAGAGGGAACCUUUGAGAACCUGAAAAGCCUUGCUGUGUUAAAUUUAGCUAUUAAUGCACUGCACUGCAUUUCAGAUUUUAGGUUGCCUCAGCUGCAGGUUCUAAACCUUAGCCAAAACUCCAUUGAGCUCUUUGUUACAGCUGAGAAAACAGACAUAUACCAACUGACAACUUUGGACCUUAGCCAUAACAGACUGCUUUCAUUUCCAAUACUUCCACAAAAGAAUAUUCUACAAAACCUCUACUUACAAAAUAAUCAGAUGGAUGUUUUAUUUACUAAAACUGUAGUUCUAGAAAGAAAAUUUUUACCAAAAGGAAUGGUAAAUUCGUAUAUGGUGAAAGACAAGAAGUAUAACCAAAACUCCAGAAACUGGCUUGGAAAUAUAACACAUUUGGACUUGAGUAAAAAUCAUCUUUCAUCUCUCCCUUUUCAUAUUUUAAAAGAACUAGUUGCUCUUCAGCAUCUGGACCUUAGUGACAAUUGUCUUCUGGAUAUCAUAAGCAAUACCACUUCUUUGGAAGAACUGGCAUAUCUUCCUUCUCUUCGGUCUCUAGACCUUCAGAGAAAUCAGAUCAGAUACAUCCCUCAUGGUUUCUUUCAUCUUCUCCCAAAGAUUGAAGUACUACACCUGGGUGACAAUAGAGUGAAACUCUGUGGCAUCAUAGAUAAAAACGACAGCUCAGUAACACAAGAAAAAAAAAGGGAUGAAAGGUGUGUGUCAUUUUCAGGCAUAAGAACACUAAAGCACUUGAGCUUACAAAGUAACAACAUCACAAGACUUUUUCCUAAUAUGUUCCACCAGACUCCACUGGUUACACUUGACCUCUCUGGCAAUAAAAAAUUGAAAAUUGCUGAGGGUGCACUGAAUGACUUAAACCGGAGUCUGGAAGUACUUAAUUUAAGCAGCAAUCAUAUGACCACCAGCGAGUUACGUUUGCCAUGUUUACCAAAGUUACAAAUGUUAGAUCUCUCUAACAACCGGAUAAAUACAUUGCCCAAAGGCAUUGCUUGUGCUGCCUUAAUGGAAGCAGAUGUAAGGAAUAAUUCUUUGAGAAGUCUGGAUGAGUGGAUGGUAGCACAUUGGUCAGCCACUCUUCAGUCUCUUUGGAUUAGUGGAAAUCCUUUCAACUGCUGCUCUUUGACUUGGCUGAAAGUUUUGACUGAAGAUAGAAACAUUCAUCUCCCAGAUCUUCAGCUUGUUCAUUGUCUUUACUGGCACAACACCACACAAUCUGCUAAUGUGACAAAUAAUCACUCCCAGCACUGUCUGGCUGAUGCCUCUACAGUUGGAGACAUGCUGGUGCUGAUUCUAAUUAUAUUGCUCUUUGUAGCUCUUUCAAUGACAGCUACUGUGUAUUUUUUAAGUAGAAAAAAGUGCCACAAACUUGUGGAAUUUAAAAGCAACAAAGUGGCAUCUUUUCAGUACAACCAGGAUGCAAAGCAAAGUCACAAAGAGCCUCAACUUGAUAUGUUUGUAACUAAUAACUGAAGUUCAGAUCAGUGCUGUCUCUGGCCAAAACACAUUCAUCAAUGUAAAUUAAGCAUUUACGUUUAUUUGCUUAGAAGACGCUUUUAUCUAAAGUGGCUUACAAAAGAGGUCAACAUAAUUGCAUAAACAUCAUUCUGGGUGACUGUUUGGGAACAAGUAUUACAGGCUAAGAAUACAAAAUUGAUCAUCACAAGUGAAGAGUGCAGAACAAAAUAUAAGCUAGUUACAAUUUCUUGAUUACAAAAAACUAAUAUGAGACAGAAAUUCACUAAACAAGAGGGACUUCAAAUGUUUCUUAAACACAUUGAAGGAGUCAUUGUAUCAAAUGGUGGUGGGCAUCUCAUUUCAUCAACUGGGAGUUAGCUACGUAAGAACAUGAGGCAUGUUAAAAAGGGAGCAUAGCUGUAAAUAUGACAGGCAGUUUCCUUACUUCUUGUUCAAAGAGUGAAAAAUUACCUGAAAAUAGUGCAACGCCACAAAAAAAGCUUUAAGUUGUUAAAACAUUUCUAAUUUAUAUCCAAGCAUCCAUUCUUAAAUACAGCAGAAAGCUAUGAGCCAAAGCUACCAUAUGAUGCUACACUAUUAAUAAGAGUGGGCAUUACUUAAUUAUGUGCAGAUAUCUUUAUAUACUCAUUUCAGACUUGCUACCUCAGUUACUCAAAAACACUCAUUUAAAAAGAAAAUGUAACUGUAUUGCUCGGUGUAACUGACUUAAAGAUAAACAUUUAAAUUUAAUUUGCUUUGCCAAAUUGUUCUGCCAAUUGUAUAUGUGUUUUUAAAGUUCAGCAUUUUUUAUAAAUUCAAGCAGAAACCUAGAAACCUUUUUAUACUGUAGUUUAUUUAGGCUAGAGUCACUGUUGUGGAAAUGCCUAUAAAGCAAUCAGGUAGACUUUUAACAGAUUCAUUAGUAAUAUCCAAACCUAUCCAUAAAAUGUUAGCAUUUGCAAUGUUUUGGUAAAUACAAAUUUAGAUGUCCUGACCACCUAUCCAUCCAUUACUGAAUCUUAUUACAGGUCCGGGAUAUGGAAAAAUGCUAUAUGUGUUUAUCUGGAAGACGUAUGAUGCCGUUGAUGAGCUGUGCUUUCUGGCAUGUUUACUUUAGCUUAGAUUGGUUACUCUGGACUGCAUUGUGAACAAACAAUUCCAUACUCCUAAGUUUUUUUUAAAUGAAUAGCUACAUAUAUUUAAUUUUGUGAAGCAAGGUUUUGCUUUAUCAUCUUAGGUGGUAAUGGCUAUAAACAUAAGAGCAGAUGGGGAGCAAGCAGAGAGCAGAUGGGGAGCAAGCAGAUAGCAGAAGUAGUUCUAGGAUGCAGACUCCUCUGAUGUUGUGGGAUAUUCAAUGAAACAUGGUUAAGAAGAGUGCCUAUGCAAGAACAGGUUAUAGAAAGCACACAAAAGGAUGGGAAAUUGAAACACCACUGAUCACCUGGGUUUGACAGAGUAGCAAGAAUUAGGCAAGGGAGCCAGGUGCCAUGAUGCAGUUACGCAUCCUAUAUUUACAGAGCAUUUAAGAAACACUAAAAACCGAAACCUUUGUGGUAAAAGGGGAACAGUUUUCCUCCCAUACCUAAACUGAUAGUAGAGCACAGACCUAGUGAGAAAAGCGCUAUAUAAAUGCAAAGAAUUGUUAAUUAUUAUUAGUGGUCUUCUUUCAGCUGCUCCUGUU